CACUUUUCUAGAAACUACGUGGCGUGAAAACAGAGCACCAGUUGUCUUCUACCUCUAUUAUUUCGACUUCUCGAUAAACCCGCUAUCAAAACAGAGUAAACACUCAGACGCCGGAGCCGACCACUGGUUUACUAUUCCUAUAAAUCUGUAAGUAUAUAUAUAUAUAUAUACGUUUUUUUUGUAUAUACAUACACUUUACAGUCACAUGCUUUCUCCUUUAAACGAACACGUCACUUCUAGCGAAAACAGUAGCAAAAAAACAGAGAAGAUCAAAGAGAACACCGUUCAUUGGUGAUUCGAUCAUUCAAAGUCGGAAGCUUUUUUUUAAGGAUUUGGAAGAGUUCAGAUCAUCUGAAUAUCCAUGUCAAACCCUAAGCUCACUAGGAUUCUGAGCACGAGAGAUCGCGUGCAGGACACUCUCUCCGCUCAUCGCAACGAGCUCGUCGCUCUUCUCUCCAGGUAUGUGGAUCAGGGAAAAGGGAUUCUUCAGCCACAUAACUUAAUCGACGAACUCGAAUCUAUAAUCGGAGACGAUGCAACGAAGAAAACUCUCGCUGAUGGUCCUUUCGGCGAAAUCCUUAAAUCCGCAAUGGAAGCGAUAGUGAUUCCACCAUUUGUUGCCUUAGCCGUUAGACCAAGACCUGGUGUUUGGGAAUACGUUCGUGUGAAUGUCUUUGAGCUAAGUGUUGAGCAACUAACAGUCUCUGAGUACCUUUGUUUCAAAGAAGAACUCGUUGAUGGACCUAGCAGUGACCCUUUUCGCCUCGAACUCGAUUUCGAGCCAUUCAACGCAAACGUGCCACGUCCUUCACGUUCGUCUUCGAUUGGUAAUGGAGUUCAGUUUCUCAAUCGUCACUUGUCUUCUGUAAUGUUCCGUAACAAAGAUUGCUUGGAGCCUCUGCUUGAUUUCCUUAGAGUUCACAGGUACAAGGGUCAUCCAUUGAUGUUGAAUGAUCGGAUUCAGAGCAUAUCUCGGCUUCAAAACCAGCUUAGUAAAGCAGAAGAUCACAUCUCUAAGCUCCCACAAGAAACUCCAUUCUUGGAAUUCGAAUACUCGCUUCAAGGAAUGGGUUUUGAGAAAGGAUGGGGAGAUACCGCAGGGAGAGUGCUCGAAAUGAUGUAUCUACUCUCUGAUAUCCUUCAAGCUCCUGAUCCUUCGUCCUUGGAGAAGUUUCUCGGGAUGGUACCGAUGGUUUUCAACGUUGUGAUCUUAUCUCCGCAUGGAUAUUUUGGGCAAGCUAAUGUCUUAGGCUUGCCUGACACUGGCGGACAAGUUGUUUAUAUUCUAGACCAAGUUCGAGCCCUUGAGACCGAAAUGCUGUUGAGGAUAAAGAGACAAGGGUUGGAUAUAACACCUAGGAUUCUUAUUGUAACAAGAUUGAUACCGGAUGCGAAAGGAACUACGUGCAACCAGCGGCUAGAGAGAGUCAGCGGAACAGAGCAUACUCACAUUCUGCGUGUUCCUUUUAGGUCUGAUAAAGGCAUCCUUCGUAAGUGGAUUUCAAGAUUCGACGUGUGGCCUUAUCUAGAGAACUAUGCUCAGGAUGCAGCGAGCGAGAUUAUUGGUGAAUUGCAAGGUGUGCCUGAUUUUAUAAUCGGCAACUACAGCGAUGGAAACCUUGUUGCAUCGUUAAUGGCACAUAAAAUGGGUGUUACACAGUGUACUAUUGCACAUGCUCUGGAGAAAACCAAGUAUCCAGACUCGGACAUCUACUGGAAAGAUUUCGACGAAAAGUAUCAUUUCUCUUGUCAGUUCACAGCUGAUCUAAUCGCAAUGAACAACGCAGAUUUUAUCAUCACAAGCACUUACCAAGAAAUCGCAGGAACGAAGAACACGGUCGGUCAAUAUGAGAGCCAUGGAGCUUUUACGCUCCCGGGACUAUACAGAGUAGUUCACGGCAUCGAUGUGUUUGAUCCCAAAUUCAACAUAGUCUCACCAGGCGCAGACAUGACCAUUUAUUUCCCCUUUUCUGAUGAAAGCAAGAGACUUACAUCUUUACAUGGUUCCAUUGAAGACAUGCUCUAUAGCCCUGACCAAACCGAUGAGCAUGUUGGUACAUUGAGCGAUAGGUCGAAACCACUACUCUUCUCUAUGGCGAGGCUCGACAAAGUGAAGAACAUCUCCGGUUUAGUCGAGAUAUACGGUAAGAACGCAAAGCUGAGGGAGCUGGUGAAUCUGGUUGUAAUAGCUGGUAACAUUGAUGUGAGCAAGUCCAAAGACAGAGAAGAAAUCUCAGAGAUUGAGAAGAUGCAUGACCUUAUGAAGAGUUACAAGCUUGAGGGACAGUUUCGAUGGAUAACUGCUCAGACAAACCGAGCUCGAAACGGUGAGCUUUACCGCUACAUCGCCGACACAAGAGGUGCCUUUGCUCAGCCUGCGUUCUACGAGGCGUACACAUGGAAGAUAUACUCUGAGAGACUAAUGACACUAGCUGGUGUAUAUGGUUUUUGGAAGUACGUGUCGAAAUUGGAGCGUCGUGAGACUCGACGAUACCUUGAGAUGUUCUACAUUCUCAAAUUCCGUGACUUGGUGGAAACCGUUCCUUUAACCGCCGAUGACUGACCCGGUUCGGCGUUGGAAGAUGUGUGUAAAAAAGAAUAAAAGAUGAAUAAAUGUGGUCUAUGUAGUGUGUAAGAAAAGAAGAGUACUUUUGUUGAGAUGGAGUUAUUACGGGUUUGUUUUUGUUUGUGUUCAUGGUACAUUGUGUGUUUUGUCAUGUGUGCGUGACUGACAAUGUUCAAUGUCACGUGAAGUUUGUAGUUUACAAUAAAAAAGUCUUUGAUAGAUUUUUCAUUUCACAUUCAUUAGUAUUAUAACUAGCUCGUCGAUUUCAACCGUUGCAAUGGAUUCUAAACCUAAAAAGCUAUACGAACAUUAUGGGUCUUCAUUUAAAAA